UUGCGUUCGUCUCCCAUGUCAACACAGGCAGACUCACACGAGGUUAAGAGACAACAAAUAUGAAUCAGUAUAAGAAUGCCAUUAUUGUGGCCCCGAUGGUGCGUGUUUGUACCCUGCCCUUUCGGCUCCUGGCUAUCGAUUAUGGAGUUGACCUUAUUUAUACAGAGGAGACCAUAGAUUUCAAGAUGCUUCGCUCUGUCAGAAAAGAUAAUGAGGCUCUAGGAACCACAGAUUUUGUUGACAAAUCAGAUGGGACAGUCUUCUUCAGAACAUGUGAGAAGGAGAGGAAAAAAGUGGUGUUCCAGAUAGGCACAAAUGAUCCACAGAGAGCAUUAAAAGUUGGAAAGAUGGUAGAGCCAUAUGUAGCUGCCCUGGAUGUGAAUAUGGGUUGCCCGAAAGAGUUCAGUAUCAAGGGUGGAAUGGGGGCAGCUCUUCUGACGCAGCCAGAAAAGGUUAAGAGCAUUCUCACCACUCUCGUUCAAGGCCUGUCCAUUCCCGUCACAUGCAAGAUCCGCCUCCUGAACAACAUGGAGGACACUCUGGCACUCUGCAGGACCAUAGAGCAGUGCGGGGUGGCAGCUCUUGCUGUCCACGGGAGGACCAAGGAGGAAAGGCCCAACCAUCCCAACCACAAUGACCAGAUUAGGGAGAUUGCUAAGGCACUCAGCAUUCCUGUCAUUGCAAAUGGUGGUUCAAAGGAGAUCUCAUGCUACGAGGACAUAGAAAAGUUUCGCCAAGAGACUGGAGCAGCCAGCGUCAUGAUUGCGAGGGCUGCCAUGUGGAACUGCUCAAUCCUUAGGCCAGAGGGAUAUCUGCCCAUGGACACUGUGAUAUCAAGUUACCUGAAAUAUUGCACUGACUAUGACAACCCUUUUACAUAUAGCAAAUACACAGUCCAGAACAUGUUGAGGGAUCAGCAAGACACCUUAAGAGGAAAAGCUUUCUUGGAAACUCAAACCUUGCAAGAAAUCUGCGUCAUAUGGGGCCUUGGGGAAUAUUACAAGACCGAGCAGGCAAAGCAGGCACGUCUCCGCCUUGCCCUCAACGUGGAAAGGGAGAGCGGCAAAGUGUCCAUGCCCCCAAGUGCAGACCACGUGUCCAUUGUGGAGAAGGUAGAGGAAGGGCAGAAAGUGGUGGAGAUGCCCGUGCAGUUCAUAAGAGGGAAUUACAACAACGCAGAUCUGCCGAAGAUGUUACUGAAUACCUAUAUAUAUCGCAACCAGCUGUCAGGACCUAAAUACAGCCAUAUCGUUUAUGACAAAUUCUUCGCAGCAUCAGUAGUUGUUGAUGGCAUUAAAUAUAGAUCAACACUCAAGGAGAAGAGCCGAAGAUACUCGGAACAAGGGGCAGCCAUGGUCUGCCUCCAUGCCCGUGGUGUUGUCAACAAGACCUAUGGCUUUGUGCCCGCUGAUGGGGCCAGGAAGUACCAGUAUGUGAUUGACGAGGCGAACAAAGCAAGGGAGAAAGGGGAGAAGAGGGAAUCGGAAUCCGCUGAGAACGACAAGGUGGAAGAGACAAGCAAUAAUGGAGACAGUGGGGUAGUGGAGCACAAGAAGUGCAAGUUGGAGAAUGCAGUGCUGACCGAAAACAGUAUAAUUGUCAAUAGCGGGAUAACGGCAGAUGUAGCCGACUGUAAUAUCAAAGCUUCAUGAUGAAUAUGAUCCUGUUUAAUUAGGUUUCCUAUUUACUCCUUUUUAGAGGCAUUGACAAAAGAAAUAAGUAUUUUUGAUGUAUAUGCAGAGAGGGGAAAAUGGAGUUUUAGAUUUUGUAUGAAUGAAAGAAAAAGUUUAGUGGUCACAGGAAGUUUUGAAAUUCUCUAGAAAUCAGUGUAUGAAUAUGAGCUUACAUAAGGAAAUUUUAUAUUUACACUCAGCUAUAUAUAAAAAAACAAAUAUAUAUAUAUAUAUAUAUAUAUAUAUAUAUAUAUAUAUAUAUAUAUAUGUAUGUAUGUAUGUAUGUAUGUAUGUAUGUAUGUAUGUUUUACCUGAAUACAUACAUACAGUGUGGGUGUGGGUGUGUGUGGAUUAUGCUGUGAAUACAUGUAGCUACAUGACAUAAUCCAAGUCGAAACCCUAGAAAUAUUAGAUUGUGGAAAAGCAUGCACAAAUAACUCAUAAAUAGGGUUACUCGCAGAAGGAAAUUUGGACUUCAUUUAUGCUCAUACUAUUUAUUAUUGAAGUAAAGCUAGGUUACUUUAACUUUUGUGUUACGCGAUAUGCUAAGUUCACAGACGAAUGAUGAUAGAUUUAUUACAAAAUUUCACUGUAUUAGGAAGGCUGGGAAUUUUCCUUAAUGUUUAUUUCUUUUCAAACAUUCUGUAUGGGGUCAUUUUGGUAUUAUUUUUUAUCAUCAUUAUUAUGAUUAUCUUUGGCUUUAUAGUUAUUAUUAUUAUUAUUAGAAUUAUCUUAUUAUUUUUAUAUUCAUAUUAGAUGCUGUCAAUAUUAGUGAUAGUAGUAGUAGUAGUAGUAGUAGUAUUGGUAUUAUUACUGCUACUCUGUACAUUAUUGAUAUUAUUAUUAUUAUUAUUAUUACUAUGUUUAUGUUUAUGUUUAUGCUUAUUACUAUUACAUUUUUUUAUUAUCACCAUCAGUUUUGAUAUCAUCUAUCUCAUUAUCAUUACUACCACUAUUAUAUUAUUGCUAUUGUUAUGGUUCUCUUGUUAUUGAUACUGUUUAAGUUAUUUUUCUGUCUACACUCAGGGAGUUUCAUGUUUUACAUCAGAAAAAAGGUAAUAAGAAUGUGUGUGUGUGUGCGUGUGCCUGUGCCUGUGCAUGUGUGUGUGCAUGUGUGUGUGUGUGUGUGUGUGUGUGUGUGUGUGUGUGUGUGUGUGUGUGUGUGUGUGUGUGUGUGUGUGUGUGACAAAAACUUUAAAUUGAUACCCAUAUCUUACAGGAACAGUUUUGCUGUCAGAUCAUGUAAUUCAAGUACUUGUUAUUCUUUCUGUUUUUAUUCCAUAUUAUCUUUACCAUUGUUGGUACUUCUAUUUUAAAAAAGAAACUAAAGUAG